GGAAUGAUACCCAGGAAAAUAUGCGAGCCUGUUUCAUUUAUUUGUAUCCUAAGCAGCAGUGUCAUAGAACAGACAGGUUGUUUCAGCCAACCAGACGGGAGCAGCUGCGAGUGCUACAUCUUGGCAGUCCGAAGCGAUUGGCUCCUCUCUGGGGAGUGGAGGGUGUUCGGUUAUUAAUGACCGCUGAGCAGGCAGCACCAUGUCAGUGUGACAACUGAUCGGGUGAACGAUGCACCACUAACCACCAUGGAAACCAGGAGAAAUAAAGCCAGCUCUCGGGAUCUCUCUUCACUGGAUUGAGAGCCUCAGCCUGCCUGCCUGCGGACUAAGAGAAAGAGUUCCGGGAAAAAGAAGGAAUCCCAGCUGCAGCCUCCUGCCUCCGUUUGUAAUUUAAAAUACCGAGAUAAGAUUGCUGGCAUGUGUGCGUAUCUAUAGUACACGUUAGUGUAUACUUUAGUACACACACGUAUGCACCUCUUUAUACGCGGGCAAGAACACAACCAUGUGAUUAUCGCAACUAAGGAACUGAGGAGUCCAGCACACGGGGACAGGAAGGUUGUGUAGCACAGAAACGCUUUUGCUGGUGAGCAUCAUGCUGCUAUUCCUGCAAGUACUGAACAAGCAUGGGAUUUGAAUAUUCUCCUCCUAAAUAAAUGAAUUGCUUAAUUUCCUGUGACCAUUUAUACAUACUCCAUCUUCAAAAAGUAUAUCAAAAUUCUAUCAUAAAGGAGCUAGGAACCUUUUUUUCAAUAUGCAUGACAUUUCUGGACAAUGCAAUUGUGGCACUGGCAGUUAUUUCCAUGAAGAGAAACUCGGCAGUUCUAUGGCAUUCGUCAUUUGACAAAUGCAACUAUUUUCCUUAUCAAUCAGCUUUUACUGAUCUUACUAGCAGUGACCGUGGAAUCCUUAAGGGCCCAUUAAAUUUCUGAAGAAGAAAGCUAAGAUGAAGGACCUGCCACUCCAAAUUCAUGUGCUACUUGGCCUAGCUAUCACUACACUAGUACAAGCUGUAGAUAAAAAAGCAGAUUGCCCACAAUUAUGUACAUGUGAAAUCCGGCCCUGGUUUACACCUAGAUCCAUUUAUAUGGAAGCAUCAACAGUGGACUGUAAUGAUUUAGGUCUUUUAAAUUUCCCAGCCAGAUUGCCUGCUGACACACAGAUUCUGCUCUUACAGACUAACAAUAUUGCAAAAAUUGAAUCCUCCAUAGACUUUCCAGUCAACCUUACUGGCCUGGACUUAUCGCAAAACAAUUUAUCUUCAGUCACCAAUAUUAAUAUAAAAAAGAUGCCUCAGCUUCUCUCUGUGUACCUAGAGGAAAACAAACUUACUGAGCUGCCUGAAAAAUGUCUGUCUGGACUGAGCAACUUACAAGAACUCUAUAUUAAUCACAACUUGCUUUCUACAAUUUCACCUGGAGCCUUUAUUGGCCUAGAUAAUCUUCUUCGACUUCAUCUCAAUUCAAAUAGACUGCAGAUGAUCAACAGUAAGUGGUUUGAUGCUCUUCCCAAUCUGGAGAUUCUGAUGAUAGGGGAAAAUCCAAUCAUCCGAAUCAAAGACAUGAACUUUAAGCCUCUUAUCAAUCUUCGCAGCCUGGUUAUAGCUGGUAUAAACCUCACAGAAAUACCAGAUAAUGCCUUGGUUGGACUUGAAAACUUAGAAAGCAUCUCUUUUUAUGACAACAGGCUUAUUAAAGUGCCCCAUGUUGCCCUUCAAAAAGUGGUAAACCUCAAAUUUUUGGAUCUAAAUAAAAAUCCCAUUAAUAGAAUACGGAGGGGUGAUUUUAGCAAUAUGCUACACUUAAAAGAGUUGGGGAUAAAUAAUAUGCCUGAGUUGAUUUCCAUCGACAGUCUUGCUGUGGAUAACUUGCCAGAUUUAAGAAAAAUAGAAGCUACUAACAACCCCAGGUUGUCUUAUAUUCACCCCAAUGCAUUUUUCAGGCUACCCAAGCUGGAAUCACUCAUGCUUAACAGCAAUGCCCUCAGUGCCCUGUACCACGGUACAGUUGAGUCUCUGCCGAACCUCAAGGAAAUCAGCAUUCACAGCAAUCCCAUCAGGUGUGACUGUGUCAUCCGCUGGAUUAAUAUGAACAAAACCAACAUUCGAUUUAUGGAGCCGGAUUCACUGUUUUGUGUGGACCCACCUGAAUUCCAAGGCCAGAAUGUUCGGCAGGUGCAUUUUAGGGAAAUGAUGGAAAUUUGUCUCCCUCUUAUAGCUCCUGAAAGUUUUCCAUCUAAUCUGGAUUUAGAAGCUGGGAGCUAUGUUUCCUUACACUGCAGAGCUACUGCAGAGCCACAGCCUGAAAUCUACUGGGUAACCCCUUCUGGCAAAAAACUCUUGCCUAAUACUCUGACAGACAAGUUCUAUGUCCAUUCUGAAGGCACACUAGAUAUAACUGGCAUCACCCCAACAGAAGGGGGUUUAUAUACCUGCAUAGCAACUAACCUGGUAGGUGCUGACUUGAAGUCUAUUAUGAUCAAGGUGGAUGGCUCUUUUCCCCGGGAUAACAAUGGAUCCUUGAAUAUUAAAAUAAAAGAUGUUCAGGCCCAUUCGGUUCUGGUAUCUUGGAAAGCAAGUUCUAAAAUUCUCAAAUCCAGUGUUAAAUGGACAGCCUUUGUCAAGACUGAAAAUGCCCGUGCUGCCCAAAGUGCUCGAAUACCAUCUGAUGUCAAGGUGUAUAAUCUCACUCAUCUGAACCCAUCAACUGAGUAUAAGAUUUGUAUUGAUAUCCCCACUAUCUAUCAAAAAAGCAGAAAACAGUGUGUAAAUGUCACCACCAAAAGUUUGGACCCUGAUCAAAAAGGAUAUGAAAAGAGUAACACCACAACAUUUAUGGCCUGCCUUGGAGGCUUUCUGGGGAUUAUUGGUGUAAUAUGUCUUUUCAGCUGUCUCUCUCAAGAAAUGAACUGUGAUGGUGGACAUAGCUACGUGAGAAAUUACUUACAGAAACCAACCUUUGCAUUCGGUGAGCUUUAUCCUCCUCUCAUCAACCUCUGGGAAACAGGCAAAGAAAAAGGUACAGGAUUGGAAGUGAAAGCAACUGUUAUAGGUGUGCCAACACAUAUGUCCUAAAAGCAACCAACUAAAUCUACUUCAAAGAAAAACUCAAAACUGUGGAACUUUUUUAAAGAAGGCAGAGAAAUUUUACUUUCUAGAAAGAAGUUCAAGCUUCAUCAGUGCUGCUCCUGACCAAUGGACAUAUGUACAAGUUCAGCAUUUUAAUUAACUGGCUUCAAAGGGUACUGUGGCAACCAAAUAAAAUAAUUCCAUUUUCUAGAACUUUCAUGUAACUUUUAUGUCUGGACUACCGUUAAAGUGGACAAAAACAUUUCUGUAUUUUUUUUAAGUAUAUAAGAGUAGUUGAACUGAGCAAUACCUCCUCCUGUGUUGUAUUACACAUAUUAGCCACGAGUUUUUUGCAGUGACCAGAUAAACUUGAAUUGACACGUGGUGUAAUAAAAAUGGACAAAUUCUGUAGAGUAGACACAGUGAGUAUGUGGACCUCUUUUAUAAGGAAAAAUACAUUUUGGAUUAAAAUUAAUUGCUUUUGUCUUGUUUUUGUUUCUAAAUAAAGAAUAAUUUCUGGGAAAUACCAUCUGAUCAGAUAUCAUUUAAAUUACAAUAUUUUCAGAAAGUGUUUUUCUAUAAUGAAAUUUGAAACAUCAAGAGUAAGACAUUUUUACUGGGUGAUGCAACAAUGUUUUUAUAAUGCACAAAAAUGGAUUUUAGAAGGCACUUUAUCAAUUUUGAAAGGCAGUAAUAUUGUACUUAACCCUUUAUUGACAGAAAGAAAUCCUCUAGGGAAUGAUAUAUAUUCACUUACAGAUUUUCUUAACAAGCAGCUUUUGCGGUGGAUUUCAUUAUUAAGUCCACAUAAUGUAAAUCCAAUAUCUAAGGAACUGCAAGUCUUAUUUUAAUAAUCGGUAGUAGACCAACAUCAGGCUGCUUGCUUUUCAGGAAACACUGCCAAAUUUCAAUAGGACAAAUGAUCUAGGUAUAAUUUUCAAAUCUUGCUGUGACUGUAAAUACUUAAUGAGCUUCACUACUAACAAGCAAAUAAUCUAAUAAUUUUCUAUGUUGCAAAUGCAGCUCAGAAAGAACAUGUUCUACAUGACUCCCAAAGAAAGAGGUUUAUAUGCUCGCAUAGCAACUGACCUAGUCAAAACUGACUUAAAGACUGCUAUGAUCACAGUGGAUGGUUCUUUCCUCAGGACAACAACGGAUUUUAGUAUUUUUGGAGAUGAGGGUUUUCCCAAGGCUUGGAUUUUUAAAUUUUAAGAUACAAUAAUUCAUAGUAGAAGUUCCAGAAUUCAACAGAAAUUUAAGAAGACAGCUUUGCUAAUGAAAGAGAAACUUCUGAGACUAAUUUAGAAUAAAAGAAAAAAAAUAAUUGAUUUCUCUAUGACUACUUUUCAGGCACCUAAAGGACAGAGCUCAAAAAAGUUGAGAAUCAUUUAACAGAAGUGCUAAUAACAUUAUGAAUUAUUUUAGACUCUUAAAAAAAUGCAAGAAUUUUACCUGAAAAAAAAAAAAAACAACCAAGAUUUGUUUAGGGCUUCAGUCAUAUUUAAAACAAAACUUCAUAGCCCUGCAAAACAAAUGUAUUUGUGUACAAGAAAACAUCCUGACACAGUUUAAAAAAAAAAA